AUGCGGCCCUUGAUCCUGCACAACGUCCCUGACGAGGAGCUGUACACGGGUGAAGAUGGUGUCCAGAGGCCAUACGCCAUGAUCUUCCCAGAAGCCCAACCCAGUGUCGCACGCGCCCGCAAGCCGGUGACAGAGACGGGCUCGUUCGGCAAGUCGACCCGGCGGUCACGGUCGCGAACAGGCAGCGCGGCCCCGAAGCGCGAAGAUGCCACGAUGAAGCAUGCGGACGAGCUCUUCUCCAACUACAUUGCCAGCGCCGAGAAGAGCGCCGACGCCCCGUCCGGUCGCAACCUGGGCUACGGCGGUCUCGGACAGGCGCAGGACGACUCUUCCGAUCCGUCGACCACCAAACAAGCCCCGCGAUUCAUCCAAGUGCCCACCGAAGUCAUCCUGAGGGGAUACCAGUCUCCAGAACAGCAGUACGCGUCAAUCAACCACUUUGAGCAGCUCGCGGGCCGGAUAUGCGAGGACUACCCACGAGAACCCCCGAUCGAGUCGCGGCGCUACAAAUCGGAGCUUCGCGACCCGGCAUACACAAGGCGGCAGCCUCUGACGGCGGCAGAAAGGGCGCGUGUCAGCAGAGUUGCGGGCGGAGAGCACUGGGUCAAGGUCACCUUCGAGUCGGCAGAUGCCGCCGACGCCGCGAUCUAUGCGUCGCCUCAGAAGAUCCUUGGUCACUUGAUCUACGCCGAGCCUUUCCACGGAAUGCCACCCAAGGAGGACGCCGCUGUGCUCGAGAUUGUCGGCGACGGUGCCAUGUUUGACCCCUUUGCAACUGUAAGCUCUUCGUUUGGAGGAGGCGACAGGAGGCGGCCGUCACAACAGACACGGUGGUCAACGCCCGCGCUCAACCGGAGACAGCAGCUCGACCAGCACACGCCAGAAUCGCAAUCGUCAACACAGACAAUCGACACGGCCACAGCCUCCACAGCGACAGUUACCGGCACUGACCUAACGCAGCAACAGCACCAGCAACUGCACCAGCUGCAAGGCCGCGACAAGACCACCGACGAGACGAAUGGCACAUACUGCCGCGUGAUCCCCACCGCGCGGCGCGUGACGCUGAAACCCGCAGAGGAGGCCCUCGCGCCACAGGCCAGCGCGCUCGAGCGGCUGCUCGCCAAGAUCCCGCUCAUCGGCUGGUUCAGCGGCAGCAUCAUCGGCUCGCAGGUGCCCCGGAACGACAACGGCGACUUUGACAUGGCCAAGGCGAGCUUGUACUGGGUCAUCAUGUUCUACCUCGACCUGUGGUUCGGCUUGUUCGGUCGUGAGCUCGUUAGUGGCGACAAGGACGACUAG